UUAGUCUUAAAUUUCCCCCUUAAUAGGUGGAAAAUUAAGAGUAAUACUCAUCUACUCAUCUUAAUCUCCUUAUAAAUAAGCUACAUGCAUGCAUUGUACACUACACAAAUUAUUACUACUAUCAAUUAUUAUCUUAGAAAGCUUAGUGAGUCUGGUGAAGUACACUGUGCAAUGGCUUCUCCAUAUGCCUUGUGCAUGGCUCUUUUCUUGUUGAUCAUGGGACUUCUGCUGCCCUACGAGGUUUCAUCGUCUCGGGCCGGACCGCAACUCGGGAAAACCAUGUUCGAAAGGCAUCAAGAAUGGAUGCUUCAGCACGGUCGGGUGUACAGAGAUGCCAUGGAGCAAGAGGCGAGGUUCAAGAUUUUUAAGGAAAAUGUGGAGCGUAUCGAAGCGUUUAAUAGCGAUCCGAAUAGAAGAUUUACGUUAGCUGUUAAUCACUUUGCUGAUUUAACUGAUGAGGAGUUUCGAGUGACUCAUGCCAGUGGUUACAACAGAAGCAUGACAAGGACGGCGUCGUUCUCGGGGUCCUCAGUAAGGCCGGAAUUUUAUGGGGACUAUGGACGUCCACGUCGUAGUUAUUUUAGAUAUGCAAAUGUACAGGGGGUUCCGCCUAGUGUGGACUGGCGACAGAAAGGGGCAGUCACGCCUAUCAAGUAUCAAGGAUCAUGUGGGGACUGCUUUGCAUUUGCAUCUAUUGCUGCUGUAGAAGGUCUUAAUGCAAUUUCAAGAGGACAGCUAGUGUCAUUAUCUGAACAAGAGAUACUGGACUGUGACAAUUCAAACUACAAGUGCAAUGGAGGUGCCAUGGAACCCACUUAUGACUUCAUUAGGGAUAAUGGUGUCAGCACCGAAUCAGAUUAUCCGUACAGAGGACAACAAGGCUACUGCCAAAAUGCUGCGUCGAAUCCAGCUGUUCAGAUUGGUGGAUACGAAGAUGUUCCAAGAUACAGCGAAUCCCAAAUGCUUUUAGCUGUGGCGCAUCAGCCCAUUGCAGUGGCUGUUUCUGGUGGUGAUUAUUAUUUCAAAUAUUACAAUAGUGGUAUUAUGGAUAUGGAAUGCAGCUCGGGUGUCAAUCACGCGGUUGCAGUUGUGGGCUAUGGCGUGACAGACGAUGGACAGAAGUAUUGGAUUGUCAAGAACUCCUGGGGUUCAAACUGGGGAGACAAUGGAUAUAUCUACAUUGCCAGAGAUGUUGGAGAUCCUCGAGGCCUCUGUGGCAUUGCCACUGAUCCGUCGUACCCUACUAUGUGAAAGAGCUGGAACAAUAUGUUAUCCUCGUCAUGAUUAUUCUAGACUAAUGUCUUAUAAGAAGCUUUUCAGUUGUAGCUAGCAGUAUAGGCUUAAUUGGCUUAUUAGUUAAUAAGUAGGUGCUCAUUUGCUUAGUGUUCUUUCGCGUUAAGUUUUGAUGAUUUGUUUAGUUUGAAGAAAUUAGAUAUCAGGGAAUUGGCAAGAACUGUGUAUAAAAUAAGUUCUGUUUAUGUUUA